GCGCCCGGCACGGAUCAGCUGGACUUUGAGGCUGAUCCUGAUCCUGUUCCGACAGAACAACUCGGAUCCCCUGGAUCAGCUGGACCAGCUGGUUCCGAGCGGGGGCCAUGGUGGACUUGGGGGUCAGCUUGUUGGUGCUGGGGGCCGCGGUGCUGCUGUGCGAGGCGGCCCGCCGGGCGGCGGCGCGGCUGCUGCCCGGCCCCGCGGGUCUGUACCUGCAGGAGGCGGCCAGCACCUUCCAGCUGUGCUGCUGCACGCUGGAGCUGCAGCUGCUGGGGGUGGACCUGCCGGUGUCGCUGGCUCUCACCUACGGAACCACGCUGGUCCACCUGCUGACGUUCCGGGAGGCGACCUGCAACCCCGGCGCCGUGCUGGAGCGCGCCUGGCGCGGGGACGCGCCGCGCGGCGCCGCGGUGCCGCUGCUGCUGGCGGCGCAGUUCGGGGCCGCGGCGGCCGCGCGCUCCUGGGCGGCGUGCGUGUGGUCUCUGGGUCUGUCCGCCGCGCACCGCCGGCACCGCGGGGCCGGGUUCCUGUGCUCGGACCCGCUGGGCGGGACGGUGCCGCAGGCGGCCGCGGCGGAGCUGGCGUGCGCCUUCGCCGUCCAAGCUGCGGCCAUGCAUGCGCACAAACUGGACGAGAAGCUCCGCGCGCACUUCAUGGCUGCCGUCAUCACGGCGGUGGUGCACACAGGUGGAGAUAUUUCAGGAGCUGUUUUUAACCCCGUCCUGGCCUUCUCCGUCACGUUCCCCUGCAGUGGCCACACUUACUUGGAGUACUGCUUCGUGUACUGGCUGGGGCCUAUCUUAGGCAUGGCGAGCUGCAUCCUCCUGUUUGAGAAGAUCCUCCCUCUCCUCUCCGGGAUGGGCGCCGGAGCUGCUGCACAGAAACUGAAGACUCAGUGACACAGAGAGGGACGCAUCCUCUUUUUUUUUUGCAUAGAUGGAUUAUUUUCAUACAAUCACCACUUAUACUUCUGUCAUUAAUGUUAAUGACGACAGAAGGUUCAAUCAGGACUCUGUGAGUCAAGUACAAAAUCACCGGUGUUUUAACCCUUUACAGUGACUGGAUUUGGUAAAUUCAGUAGAACUACAGACUAAGGUUUAAAAAACAAAACAAAUUACAAUGUUAAUAGAGGGCUUUUAAUAUUCUCUAAUAACUCUCUAGAGUUGAGAUUUCAUGUAUUUUAUUGACUUUUAUUAACCCUAAUAAAAGGGUUAAAGAGCUUUCUGUGAUUGUACCGCUGAAGUGCUGCAGCACAUGUCCAAAGGGCAAUUGUUGGACUUGUGUGUAAACAUGACACCGUAUGAACUUAUGCAUACUACCGUAACAUGUAUGAAUGUAUCUGUACGUUUUAUGUUUGUCUAAUGUUUGUCCAGAAGAGUUUUCUCCCUCUUUUCUUUUUUCAAGGUUUCGGACCCUGAAGGUGACUGGAUUUACUUUAAAAGACCAAAGUUGUGUUUGUUUGCUUAUUUGUGUUUUUCUCCUCAUAUUUUUGUAAUUCUUUUACGUUUUCUCGGUCUGGCUGUUCAGUCAGUAUCUGCAGGUUGAAAGUAACCUGGUUUCAGGCUGUUGACGGGACUUUGGACAUGAAUGUGAAUAAUUUUUUAAACACAAAAGUGCAGUUGCUGCACAUCUGUAACUAACUUGAUGGUCUGAAAGAUGAUAGUGUUUGUGUUGUCUUAGUCUUAAUUUAAAUGCCAUUUUAAAUAAUGUAACUAAAUAAAUGAAUCCAAAAAGGAAAGAA